UGACGAGUGAACACACGGCCGCUGCUUAGAAGAGCAGUCACAUAUUUACGGGAAUCUCGUCGCCGGUACAUAUUCUGUGUGCUUCGAGCCAGACAGUCGGAAGGGCACGACGGUGGUCCAUGUCAGGGUGUCGAAAUCGUGGAAGAGACACGGAAUAAUAAUAAGGCGCGUAGUUCGAUCAGCUGGUGGUAGUUUUUAUUCACUGAGAACUGUUCAUUUCUACUGUGCCGUUGUUGAUGGUUAGUAGCAGUUACGGGUAUCGUACCGGAGAGCGUUCUAGUGAAGUAAUUCUAGCGGAGAGGAUUCGCGGUGUGAUUUCCUUAAUUAGACGAUGAAAAGAUCGCGUGGCCGAUGAAGCUAGCAUACCUCGGCCUCAAAGAAAGUGCGCGGGCGGUUGAAUGCAGAAAUGCUAUUAAAAUAUAAAAUAAAUCGAAUUAACUAUGUUAAACGACUGAUAAACGGUCCCUCGGGCGAGUGGUUUUUUCUUCAUUAAAGUUUUUUUAAGGAAGCAAUUGGCGUGAGUUCGAAAAAGGCUGUGGCGGAGCGACAGGGAGAUCAAUGGUACACAUUUGAACGGAGGAGCUAUACAAAGGCUCGUUCCUAAAAAGGGGCUUCCACCACGUUGCUCUGGGCGGUCUAGGCGUAGGAAUCAAAGCAAAUAGUUCGAGGUGGCAAUAAACACUGUCCGAGCAAGCGAAAUACUUAUUGGAGGAAAUAAAAAACAGUACUGUGUAAGAUUGUAGAAAAAUAAAUGUUCGUUGAACUAGAGAAAAAAUUGCUUGAAAACAACAGAGAAACGCGUAAGUGAAAAUAAAGCAAUAAAAUAAGCAAACAUGGUCUAAGAAGGACAAAAAAUGGUUCUACUCAGUGCAUGCGGGGGCUAAGCUGUUAGACGAUGUGAGUUGGUGAUUAAUGAAAUACUGGAGGGAUGUUCUCACACUAAACACCGGUGAGGCUCCUUCCUAGAUCAAGAUGAAGCUCUGGACCAUAGAAAUUCAGUUCGAGAAAUGAGUGACGAAGUAGGGAAAGAAAUGUUAGACGCAACUUUGCGAAGCAGAGCAGAAGAAGUUACUGCCCUAGAGCAACCCAUAAACCGAGUUGUGAUUACGUGUUUGUGCACCCGGUGAAAAAUCGUCCAUGCGUGCCAGUGUGAGUGGUUUCGUGCGGGAACUAGGUUGGAAAACGCUGCAAAUCAUCGAAGUUGAACGGCGAGGAAGCGUGAAUUCAAACACAGAAAAGCUCGGACUUAUUCUAUUUGUGUGUGGAACGGUGAGCACUCGCCACACAAUAAGCCAACGAAAAGUAUUAGGUGGUUAAACAGUUUUAUAAAUAAAUGAGAUAAAGAUGCCUUCCGGAUAUCGACCGAAUGGGAUUGUUCAUCCCUCUAAUGGCCAUAUAAGUGAAUUUUCUGCUUAUGAUAACAAAGGAUUCCAAAGUAAUGGUGUUCCAAAGGUACGUUCCUGGAUGAAUGGAACAGAUCAUAACUCAACCCUGUCGAGACCUCGUUCGACUGAAGUCAUCAGCGCAAAUGGCAUAAAUGGAACGAUUCUGAAUGGUCGGCCACACAAUGGAACAAACGGAUUGAACGGUAUAGUCACUCGAGGACCUGGAGGCUUACACGAAGAUUUAGAAUUUCCACCCACUCCGAGGACGUUGUCCAAAAAGAAGCAGAUUGUAUGGAUGAGACCGCAUGAUAUGUGUGGUCGCCCACAGUUUCGCAUGUCUGCACCAGGAACUCCACUGACUGCACGAGAGCUUCCGGAACCGGUCGGUCCAGGGGAUCCCAGUCUUUUAGCUGCAUUGGGAUGCCUCUCACAAUUGCCGAGACUGUUAGAACGGAUUGUUCCACCCGAACAGACAUUCGAUACUUCCAAUGGCUACUGUGGAAUGUUCAAAUUUCGAUUCUGGCAAUGGGGAAAGUGGAUCGAAGUUCGAGUGGAUGACCGAUUACCAACACGAGGGGACCGACCAGCUCAUAUGCACUGCUCCCAGCCGGACAUAUUCUGGGCAGCACUGCUGGAGAAAGCUUAUGCCAAAUUAUACGGAGGAUAUGCAUUUCUUAAGUUCGGAACUGUGGGUCGAGCUUUGCAGGAUCUUACCGGAGCAGUCGUCCAAAGUGUUCCACCAAGUGGACCACUACUGGGAGGAGCCGUACCAAGAUCAACUUUAUUAAUAGCAAUUAGUGGAGUGGAGAAGGAAACCAAACGCCGUCGCUCGGGACUACUAUCGGAGCAUCCAUAUAGCGUAACAGGUUUGGCCCGGGUACGUGCCAAUUCAUCUGAUUCUUCUCAAGUUAGUGGCCAGUCUGGUGACACUAGUUUGAUUAGAUUACGUAGCCCGUGGAUAGGCGGCGAAUGGGGAGGAGUUUGGUGUGGAGCCUGGUCGGAGCGUAGUUGGGAGUGGAAUGCAUUAAAUGAGCGAGAUCGAGAGUUGCUUUCAUCCAGGUCAUCGAACGAUUGCGAGUUUUGGAUGUCAGUUAGUGAAUUCCUGUCACGAUUUGUGGUCAUUUGGUUGGCUCACAUAGGACCGGACGAUUGGGCGCUGGAACCGGGUUUACAUACAAGAACUCCAUGGAGGGCAGCUCUAGCGGUCCGACAAUGGCGGGCAGGAUUUAAUGCCGGUGGACCACACAAGUUUAUUGAAACGACGGCGACAAAUCCUCAGUUCAGAAUACGAGUACCAGCGGGACAUCCAGCUAAGGCACAUGUGGUCGUUGCUGUAGCUCAAAAGUACGAGUGCUACCGAAGUAGGCACUAUGAAGAUGAAGAGAUAGGUUUCACGAUUUAUGAAGUACCGCCGGGGAUGCAACGGGUUACACCUCAAUACGUUAGCGAACAAAUGCCGUUGGAUUUCGCUCCACUGUCCAACUUAAGGGAAAUUGCUACCUUUUUUGCGCUACCUGCAGGAGAUUUCGUAGUUAUGCCUCACUCUCAGCAGCACAGAGAAGGUCGCUUUUUGUUGCGAAUUUUCGCAGAUCAGCACACAGAUGUUUGGGAAGUCAAUGAGGAGAAUUUAGUAAUCAACAAUAUAGCAGCGGAAUUUUGUGACGAGCGAACCAUCGAUGCCCGAAUUCUAUACAAACUGCGUACCAAGUAUCCUCAUGAAAUAGAUGCUCCUCAGCUGCAAGCAAUUCUAAAAGCACACGGUGGGAACAAUCGAGGGUUUCGAGGUCUCGGUGGAAUCAACUGUGGUCCUUCGUUGGAGCUUUGCCGUGGAAUGCUAGCUCUGCGGGAUCCUGCACUUGGAGGACGACUAUCAAUAGAACACGUCCCUGCACUGAUAGGAUUGAUGCGCUUUUGGAAAGCUGCUUUCCGACGCUGUGGGCCCUCGUCCUCCGGAACGGCCACCUUAAGUCGGGGUAUUUGGGCAUCAAAAGUAUCAUCGUAUUGUUUGAGAGGUCUCCUGUGGGCAGGUGGAUCUACGGCAAGUAAUAAAGUAUUAGAAGCGUUAGUAAGUAGAUUCACACGUAAUCGACAAAUCACCCUUGAAGGAUACUUGUUGUCGAUGGCGAGACUACAUUUAGCUCAUGAACGAUACCAUAGCCUGGAUGCCAAAGCAAAAGCUAGCCCUUUGUCGCUAGAAGAGAUGAUCCUAAUGACGAUUUACUCUUGAAAGCGCCAAUACAGACGAUAUAUUUGUAAUGUUAGCAUACAACCAAAGACAUCAACGUACGACGACACAGCGAACUUGGGUGGCAUACACCAAGCUGGGAAGCAAUGCAAUAUGACUUCUACGUAAAAGAAAACUGUUCUGAGUAACUUGGGCUAACUAUAGCUAUUCUAUUCAGAUUCGCUAGUGAAUAUUGCGGAGCCGGAAACAACCAUCAUACUGAGAAAUAAGCUGAAAGCCUAAAAAUUGGAAUAUAUUUCUGCAAAUGUAAAACGGAAAGUAUUAUUUAAAAGGAAUUUCUAGAAAUAAUAUUAUUAACUAUUUAUACAACAAUAGAGUAAAGCUAACUGAAAGUUAACACUUAUUUU